ACCGUGAUCUAGGAGCGCCUCUCCCACUCCUUACUUCCGCCUCCUUCGAGAGAGGAGUCGAGGCGUCCGUAGUCUUCUCGCACGGACUGGAAACUGUGGUGGCGGCGUGCGAUGUUCGGCCUUAAGAGGAACGCGGUCAUCGGACUCAACCUCUACUGCGGGGGCGCCGGGCUGGGGGCCAGCGGCGGCGCCACCCCGCCGGGAGCGCAGCUCUUGGCCGCCGAGAAGGAGGCCGCGGCCCGGCGAGAGGCAGGGGGAGGGGAAGCCGGCGCGCUCUCGGGCGGAAGCUCCCCAGCCGCCCAGGCGCAGGACGCCCGAAGGGUCGCGCGGCCGGUGCCCAUUGGCGCCGAGGUCCCCGACGUCACCGCGACCCCGGCGAGGCGACUCUUCCUCGCGCCCUCCUACUGCGUGUCGCCGCCUGAGAAGAUGGAAGCCCCCGCCGCCGCCAUGUCGCCCGAAGAGGAGCUGGACGGCUACGAGCCCGAGCCCCUCGGGAAGCGGCCGGCGGUCCUGCCCUUGCUGGAGCUGGUUGGGGAGGCCGCCAAGAGCCCCGGCGCGGACGGGUCGCUGCCCUCGACGCCGCCGCCCGCGGAGGAGGAGGAGGACGAGCUGUACCGGCAGUCGCUGGAGAUCAUCUCGCGGUACCUCCGCGAGCAGGCGACCGGCGCCAAGGACGCGAAGCCGCUGCACGGGUCGGGGGCCGCCAGCAGGAAGGCGCUGGAGACCCUGCGGCGGGUCGGCGACGGAGUGCAGCGCAACCACGAGACGGCCUUCCAAGGCAUGCUUCGGAAGCUGGACAUCAAAAACGAGGAUGAUGUCAAGUCUCUGUCUCGCGUGAUGGUCCAUGUUUUCAGUGACGGAGUAACAAACUGGGGCAGGAUUGUGACUCUCAUUUCUUUUGGUGCCUUUGUGGCCAAACACUUGAAGAGCAUAAACCAAGAAAGCUGCAUUGAACCCUUAGCAGAAAGUAUCACAGACGUGCUCGUAAGGACAAAACGGGACUGGCUGGUCAAACAAAGAGGCUGGGAUGGGUUUGUGGAGUUCUUCCAUGUAGAGGACCUAGAAGGCGGCAUCAGAAAUGUGCUGCUGGCUUUUGCAGGUGUUGCUGGCGUAGGAGCUGGUUUGGCGUAUCUAAUAAGAUAGCCUUGUAAGUGCAAUAGUUGACUGUUAACCAACUCCAGCCACCAAAACUUCUGGGAAAUCAAAUGUAUUUAUGGAAGUUGGACUUCAAGCUGCCCAGGCUGUAACCUCCAAGAGUGUCACUCUAGCAACCUAGCCAGAAAGCAAGUGGCAAGAGGAUUAUGUCUAACAAGAAUAAAUACAUGAGAAAAGUAGUCCCCUUUGAAGAAUUCACUGUAUGAAAGAAGCAAAGUUCACUUUCAGCACCAAGCAAACUGGGAGGCCACAGAGGAGGACUGUUAGAUUUAGUGGAAAAACUUAAUUUCCUUGUCUAGAACCAGAAGAGAGGUCAGUAGCCAGACUAGUCAUAAAAUUCAUUAAAUAUGCCCGCCAAAUUCAUUAAUUUCCCAUAGUGUGAAAAGAAAAGUACUAGCGAUGCCAGUGAUCCUAUAAAGAAAAAUUUAAGCUACAAGUAAUUGAGCUAUGACUAGAAGCCUCAUUACUGUGCAACAGUGAAGGGAAGCUUUUCCUCUGUGAUUAGCUUUCCCGGGUAUAUUUUCUUGAAUAGAAGAUCCAAGUGUUCAGGACUUUUAUGCCUGUUCUACUUUGGCUUGAUUUGAAUGAGUCUCAUUAGCAUAGUAAUGGCCAUGAAUACUUGACUUAAGGUUCAUUUAGUUACAAAUGUGGAAUAUUCUCAUUUUUUUUUUUAGGACAGAAACAGCUUGUAAAUGUAUUUGUCUGUAAAAAUGUGUAUAUUUUUACAGAGAAAAUAUUUCUGCGAACAUAAAGGGAGAAAAGUCUUGAAUUUAAAUUUUGAAAAUUGUAACUUCUGUAGUUAGGAAUCUAUUUCUUCUUACAGCUUUUCUAUUCUAAACUUUCUCCAGUUCAGUUCUAGAGUAUAUACAGAACCAAUUUGUAAUUGUAUGCAACCUGGUUGUAGUGGGACAAAUCUGAUUUAUAACUAUGCAGGCUUUAAUUUUCCAAUCUGGUAUUGGUAAGUAUUCCUUAGAUAGGUUUUUAUUUGAAAACCUGGGAUUAAGAAGUUGUGGAAUGAAAAUUAAUCCUUUCAUUUGGUUAUGUAUGGGUUUUCAAUAAUUGAGUCUAAGUGGAGUUUUGAGAGGUUGUUUUUAGGGGUGGGGGGAGUAGGCUAGUGACUUAAAAAUAAUGGGCUCUGAUUAGGCAACUAAUCAUUUGAGUUCCUUACAUUUGACCUAAUUUAACUGGUAAAAUUUAGACUGAGUGAAUGAGCUCAUCUUUAAAGCUUUUACUGAAAGAUUUUCAGCUGUUCCAAGUGGGACUUGUUAGCAUUGUUUAUAAAAAGAUAACAUCAGGUGGAUGAAAGACAUUUGAUCCCUUGUUUGCCUAAUAAGUUGUAAAAUGAUGGCUUGGAAAAGCAGGCUAGAGUCUUAACUAUGGUGCUAUUAUGGGGCUUGCUUGUUCAAACACAGGUUUAAGCCUCAUACAUCAAUAAAAGAAAUACUGAUUCUUUUCUAUUAA